CGAGCAACAAGAGCGAAGCAAAGGUGGUAGCUUUAUGGCAUUGAAAGAGUUGUGGAUUUCAAUUUUCAACGCUAGGACGUGGAGAAACUUGUUUCAUGCGAUUCUGCAGCCACUGUGGCCUCAUAUAUCUUCCUUCCAAACAUUUCCCUUAAUUUCGUUUGUUUUCUCUUGAUGCGAAAUCUGAAAAAGGGACAAGAUUAUGGAUAAACUGAGCCCAAAUCAACGGCCGCGUGGAGUUUGCUCUAUUUUACAUGGGUUUGCAAUACGGCUGGGUGGGGGGCAUGUUUAUUGGCAAGUGGGGACUUUAUCUUCAACCGUCACCCGUUGUGCACACUACCUGUUUGAUCAAAGUCCUCACAGAGUUUUUGGGUCUGAAACUUCACUUUCUAAGCCCGACAUGGUUUCUUGUUUGCCAGAAUUCUGUUGAAAGGCUGUUCUCUUCACAAAUUAAAGAGAGACAUUGGCAAUGGAGGAUAAGCGAGGUAUAAGCAGUAACGGGCCUCUUGACAAGUGGAUGGCAUCUGAUGGAGAAUCAAAUGCAUCAAACGCUCAGGAAAAUGUAGCAAAAGAAGACAGAAAAAGCUGGCAAUCCUCUUCUAAAGGGGUAAUAUCAACAGAAGCAAACAUAGCAGAAAGGGCGGCUGAGUGGGGACUGGUGGUAGAAACAGAUGCGGAGGAUGGCAGUUUCAAGGCCAUUGUGGGAAGAUCAUCAGGGGAGGGAGGCGGCAGCAAAAGUUCAUCAGAGAAAAUUAGUGGCGCGGGAAAAACUGAAAGCUCUGGAGUUUUUCCAAGGGUAUCACAAGAGUUGAAGGAUGCUUUGGCUUCUUUGGAACAGACAUUUGUAGUCUCUGAUGCCACCCGACCAGACUGCCCCAUCGUGUAUGCGAGCAGUGGGUUCUUUGGCAUGACUGGUUAUGGUUCAGAUGAGAUCAUUGGAAAAAACUGCCGUUUUCUUCAGGGACCAGAGACGGACCAGAAAGAAGUUGAAAAAAUUCGAUAUGCAGUGAAGAACGGCAAAAGCUACUGUGGGAGGCUCUUGAACUACAAGAAGAAUGGCACUCCUUUCUGGAAUCUUCUGACAAUCACGCCUAUCAAGGAUGACAAUGGCAGCACUAUCAAAUUUAUUGGAAUGCAGGUAGAAGUAAGCAAGUACACAGAAGGCAAAGUUGAUAGAGCAUUACGACCGAAUGGGUUACCGAAGUCAUUAAUCCGCUAUGAUGCUCGCCAGAAGGAAAAGGCAUUGGGUUCCAUCACAGAGGUUGUUCAGACUGUGAAGAACCCUCGAUCUAAUAAUCGAGCUAUGAGUCACGACAUUACCAGGAAAAAAGAAGAGUUGGAGAAGUUAAAUUUUGACUCUGUUCUUCCCAAGUCAGUUGCAGCUGCAAAUUAUUCACCGGGUAGACAGACUCCUCAACAGGACCUCACAGAUGAUGGCUUAGGCAAGAAAUCUAGGUUAUCAAGUCGAGUUUCUUUAACAGGGCAAAAAGGGAAAUCUCUUAGCAGUUCAAGAAAUCUUGAAGUAACAGCCCUUGAACCAGAAAUUUUGAUGACGGAUGAAAUAGAACGGACUGAUAGUUUGGACCGUGCUGAAAGAGAAAGGGAUAUUCGCCAAGGAAUUGAUUUAGCUACCACAUUGGAGCGCAUUGAGAAAAACUUCGUCAUUUCUGAUCCAAGGCUUCCUGAUAAUCCAAUUAUAUUUGCAUCCGACAGCUUUCUCGAGUUGACAGAAUAUACACGUGAAGAAAUUUUGGGACGGAAUUGCCGGUUUCUUCAAGGACCUGAAACAGAUCAAGAUACCGUCUCAAAGAUUAGGGAUGCAAUUAGGGAACAAAGAGAAAUAACUGUUCAGUUGAUCAACUACACCAAGACGGGUAAAAAGUUCUGGAAUUUAUUCCACUUGCAACCGAUGCGUGAUGAAACGGGAGAGCUUCAGUAUUUUAUCGGUGUACAACUAGAUGGAAGUGGUCGUGUGGAACCUUUGCAAAACCGUCUUUCUGAGACAGCAGAGCAGCAGAGUGCCAUGCUGGUUAGAGCCACUGCAGAGAAUGUUGAUGAGGCUGUCCGUGAACUUCCUGAUGCCAACUUGAGACCAGAAGAUUUGUGGGCAAUUUAUUCUCAACCAGUCUUCCCAAGGCCUCACAAAAAGCAUAGCUCUUCUUGGACUGCUAUACAAAAGAUUAUUCAACGUCGUGAAAAAAUUGGACUCCAACAUUUUAAGCCAAUCAAACCACUGGGUUAUGGAGACACUGGCAGUGUUCAUCUGGUGGAACUUCUAGGUACAAGCGAACUUUAUGCCUUGAAAGCAAUGGAGAAAUCAACACUUCUGAAUCGAAACAAGGUCCACAGAGCAUGCAUUGAAAGGCAAAUCGUUGCACUUCUGGAUCAUCCUUUUCUUCCAACACUAUACACUUCAUUUGAGACCCCUACACACGUUUGUUUGAUAUCAGACUUUUGCCCUGGUGGGGAGUUAUUUGCAUUGCUUGAUAAGCAGCCAAUGAAAUUGUUUAAAGAGGAUUCUGCUAGGUUCUAUGCUGCAGAGGUCGUCAUUGGCUUGGAGUAUCUUCACUGUCUAGGAAUCAUCUAUCGAGAUCUGAAGCCUGAAAAUAUUCUUCUCCAGAAGGAUGGGCACGUUACGCUUGCUGACUUCGAUUUAUCGCUUAUGACAGCCUGCAAACCACAGAUUGUGAAGUAUCCAUUGCCUCACGGUAGAAGGAGAUCUCGAAGUCAACCACCGCCAGUAUUUGUUGCGGAGCCGAUGACACAGUCGAACUCAUUUGUUGGAACCGAAGAGUAUAUUGCUCCUGAAAUUAUAACAGGGGAAGGCCACAGCAGCUCUAUCGAUUGGUGGGCUCUUGGUAUUUUGUUGUACGAGAUGCUUUACGGCCGCACGCCUUUCAGGGGAAAGAACAGGCAGAAGACUUUUGGUAACAUCCUGCACAAAGAUCUCACCUUCCCAAGUAGCAUUCAGGUAAGUCUUGCAGCAAGGCAGCUGAUCAACGCAUUGCUACAACGAGACCCUGCCCGACGUUUAGGAUCGAGUACAGGUGCAAAUGAAAUCAAACAGCACCCCUUUUUCCAAUCAAUCAACUGGCCGCUGAUCCGGUGCAUGGUCCCACCACCAUUAGAAUCACCUCUUAACCUUACUGGGAAAGAUGAAUCUGCCAAGAACGUAAACUGGGAAGAUGAUGGAGUGCUUACUACAAUGGAUAUGGAUCUCUUUUGAAGUUCCUCACCAUAGCGUUACAAAUGGUAAGCCAUUUCCUUUUCCAAGUUGGUAGCUGUCUUUGCAAUGCUGGUUAGGCUUGUAUAAUUCCAAGUUUGUUGUCAUCAUUCACAGUCAAUAAGUCCCGGUUCGUUACCGGCAUACACAGCCACCCCGAUAAUUGUUUCGGUGUUCUUGGGACGGGAUGACAGGUGAUUUAUAUUUCAUGGCCAUAAUCAUUUUUCUGUAAUUCUAUGUAUAUUGUAUGACUGUCUAAUAACAAGGAACAGAUAAUAAAAUUUUGAUUUGAAUGAGCAAGAUUCAUCAAGAA